AUAUAUAAAAUUGGUCACUUAUCCACUGAAAACCCUAGUUUUCGUGUGCCGUAGCUUUGUGACAAAAGAAGUAGCUGUCUGCCUCUUUGCAGUGAAAGCACUACCAACAAGAAGAUGAUUAUCACAGAGACCAACCGCAGAGAGAUCUGCAAAUACCUUUUCAAAGAAGGAGUAUUGUUCGCCAAGAAGGACUUCAACCUCCCAAAGCAUCCGUUGAUUGAGUCAGUGCCCAACCUGCAAGUGAUCAAGCUCAUGCAGAGUUUCAAGUCCAAGGAGUACGUUAGGGAGACCUUCGCUUGGAUGCACUACUAUUGGUUUCUCACCAACGAAGGGAUUGAGUUCUUGAGAAAUUAUCUUAACCUUCCCUCGGAUGUUGUUCCCGCGACCUUGAAGAAGUCUGCUAAGCCCAUUGGUCGUCCCUUUGGUGGCCCACCUGGUGAUCGCCCAAGAGGACCUCGUUUUGAGGGAGACCGUCCUAGAUUUAGUGACCGUGAUGGGUACCGUGGUGGGGCACGUGGUGGUGAUGCAGCAGGUGAAAAGGGUGGAGCUCCAGCUGAUUACCAGCCGUCUUUCCAAGGAGGUGGUGGUAGGCCUGGAUUUGGCCGUGGUGCAGGCGGUUACAACGCAGCAGCACCAUCUGGUUCUGGUUUACCCUGAAAGAACACUUGUUAUCGUUUAGACUAUUGAAAGACGAGUUUUGUUUUUGUUUCUGGCUUUAGUUUUGUUUGUGUGACUGCAAAUCUGGAAUCUAUGAUCUAUCUAUUUUUCUGACUUUUGGUCUAAAGAAAAAAAAAAGUCUUUUAUUAGUU